ACACCCUGGUCAAGGAGGACUGCAGUGGAGGACAGGAGCCUGAGGCCCCGCCAUGCGACAUCUGGUGGUUCUUCUGUGGCUGGGACUCCUAGCCAUCUCCUGCAGAAGCCAGGACUCUGGUACCAGGAGCAGCCCACAGGAUUCUGAACCCGACAACACAGAGGGAGCUGAGGAGGAGGACCCCUUUUUCAAGAGUCCUGUGAACAAGCUGGCAGCUGCAGUCUCCAACUUUGGCUAUGACCUGUACCGUCAGCAAUCCAGCCAGGCUCCCAGCGCCAACGUCCUGCUAUCCCCCUUCAGCAUUGCCACUGCUCUCUCGGGCAUUUCCCUUGGGGCAGGAGAACGGACUGAAGGUAUAAUAUCUCGCGCUCUGUUCUACGACAUGCUUGACAAAGCCGGGAUCCACAGCACAUACAAGGAGCUCCUGACCACCAUGGCGGCUCCCUCCAAAGGCCUGAAGAGCGUCUUCCGCCUCAUCAUGGAGAGAAGGCUGAAAAUGAAAAUUGGGUUUGUGAACGAGCUGGACAAGACCUAUGGAGUCCGCCCCAGAGUGCUGAGUGGAAACGCCCGGGCGGACCUGCAAGAGAUCAACAACUGGGUGCAGCAGCGGACCGGCGGGAAGGUCACGAGGUUCUUUGGCGAGAUCCCUGCUGGAAUUAGCAUCCUGCUCCUUGGGGCAGCCUAUUUCAAAGGGCAGUGGGUCACCAGGUUUGACACCAGGCUGACUAAGCUGCAGGACUUCUACCUGGAAGAAGGCCGGACGGUGAAAGUGCCCACGAUGUCAGAUCCCAAAGCCAUCCUCAAGUACGGCUUUGACUCUGAGCUCAACUGCAAGAUUGCUCAGCUGCCCCUGGCAGGAAGUGUCAGCAUCAUGUUCUUCCUGCCUCAGAGUGUGACCCAAAACAUGACGCUGAUUGAAGAGAGCCUCACUUCCGAGUUCAUUCAUGACAUAGACAGGCAGCUGAAGACCGUCCAGGCAGUGCUGAGCCUACCCCAGCUCAAGAUGACCUCCGAGACGAACCUCGCCAGCACACUCCAGGAAAUGCGGCUCCAGGCGCUCUUCUCGACUCCCGACUUCAGCAAGAUCGCUGUGAAGCCUGUCAAGCUCACCCACGCACAGCACAAAGUAGUCCUUGAGCUCAGAGAAGACGGGGCACGCUCAGUGUCUGCUCCAGAGAUGACUGGACCCCUGAACUUCGCCAUAGACUACCACCUGGACAGACCCUUCCUGUUUGUGCUUCGGGACAAUGAUACAGGCACUCUCCUUUUUAUUGGGAAAAUUCUGGACCCUCGGAGUGCUUAGACCCCCCCAUCAGAACAGCCUGUAGUCACCGGGGAGGAAAUGGGUUGGGGGUAGGUAGGUGGGGCCUGACUGCCCUGUUGCACUCUUGCUGUCCCCCACAACUGUUUAUGCUUACCUGCUGCAAUAAACAUGCCCCAAGAA